UCAGUCGCUGGCUCUGGUUCACCUAAAGCAGGUGGCGAACCCAGCCCCCAGCCCCAGCACCCGACACUCGGGAGGGAGAGCGAGGAGGAUGCCGCAGGAGCGGACCGUGCGUCUACAAUACGGGAACCGCAUCGAGGCGGUGUGUGUGCUGGGCACUCGGCUCUGGGUAGAUGUCUACAGUGCAGCCCCUGCUGAUGCCAAAACCUUCAGCCUGAAACACACAGAUGACGUACAGGUAGAAGCAGUGAUCGAUGGGCAGGCUGAGGAGACCACGACCAAUGGCAAACAGCGAUGGGCCCUCUCCCCCAGCACCAUUCUCCGUCUCAGCAUGAACCAGCCCAGCACAGAUGUCAGCAGCGAUAAGGUGACCGUCAACUAUUAUGCAGAGGAAAGCAAUACUCCCAUUGAUCAAGCUGGUCUUUUCCUCACAGCUAUUGAGAUCUCCCUAGAUGUGGAUGCAGAUCGAGAUGGAGUUGUGGAAAAGAAUAAUCCUAAGAAGGCAUCCUGGACCUGGGGUCCUGAUGGCCAGGGGGCCGUCCUGCUGGUGAACUGUGACAGGGAAAUCCCUUGGCUACCCAAGGAAGAUUGCUCUGACAACAAGGUCUACACCAAAGAAGACCUGAAGGACAUGUCUCCAAUGAUCCUGAGGACCAAUGGCCCCACCCAACUCCCAAAAGGCUAUGAAAUGGUUCUCUACAUUUCCAUCAGUGACUCGGACAAAGUGGGCGUGUUCUAUGUGGAUAACCCAUUCUUCGGUCAGCGUUACAUGCACAUUCUCGGCCGGCAGAAGCUCUUCCACGUAGUAAAGUACACAGGUGGCAAAGCCGAGCUAGAAUUCUUUGUGGAAGGUCUUCGAUUCCCUGAUGAGAGUUUCUCCGGCCUGGUCUCCAUCCAUGUCACCCUGCUGGAACUUCUGAUUGAGGGACUUCCCCAAACUCCAAUCUUCACAGACACAGUGACUUUCCGUGUGGCCCCAUGGAUCAUGACCCCAAAUACUUUGUCUCCUUUAUCAGUUUUAGUGUGCAGCAUGAAGGACAAUUACCUGUUCCUCAAGGAGAUAAAGAACCUGAUAGAGAAAACCAAUUGCAAGCUUAAGAUCUGUUUUCAGUAUAUGAACCGUGGGGAUCGUUGGAUUCAGGAUGAAGUUGAGUUUGGCUACAUUGAUGCUCCCCACAAGGGCUUCCCUGUGGUCCUAGAUUCCCCACGAGAUGGGAACCUGAAAGACUUCCCAGUGAAAGAGCUCCUGGGCCCAGACUUUGGCUACGUCACCCGGGAGCCGCUCUUCGAGGAAGUCACCAGCCUGGAUUCCUUUGGGAACCUGGAGGUCAGCCCCCCUGUGACGGUGAACGGCAAGGAGUACCCCCUGGGCAGGAUCCUCAUCGGCAGCAGCUUCCCUCUGUCUGGUGGGAGACGGAUGACAAAGGUCGUGAGAGAUUUCCUGCAAGCCCAGUUAGUCCAGGCACCUGUGGAGCUGUAUUCUGAUUGGCUGAUCGUUGGCCACGUGGAUGAAUUUAUGACCUUCGUGCCCAUCCCUAACAAAAAGGAAUUCCGGCUGCUCAUGGCCAGUACCUCUGCCUGCUACAAGCUCUUCCGGGAAAAGCAAAAACAAGGGCAUGGAGAAGCCAUCUUGUUCAAAGGGUUGGGGGGCAUGAGCAACAAACGUAUUACCAUCAAUAAGAUCCUGUCCAAUGAGAAUCUGGUGCAGCAGAACCUGUAUGCUCAGCGUUGCCUGGAUUGGAACCGGGAUAUCCUGAAAAAGGAACUAGGGUUGACAGAGAAAGAUAUCAUUGAUCUCCCAGCUCUGUUCAAGUUAAAUGAGGAUGGCCAAGCCAUGGCUUAUUUCCCCAACAUGGUGAAUAUGAUUGUGCUUGACAAGGACCUGGGUAUCCCCAAGCCCUUUGGGCCCCUGAUUGAGGAGCAGUGCUGCCUGGAAGCUCAUGUGUGCUCACUUCUGCAACCUCUGGGUUUCUCCUGUACCUUCAUCGAUGACAUUUCCUCCUAUCACAAAUUAAUGGGCGAGGUCCACUGUGGUACCAACGUCUGCCGGAAACCCUUUGCCUUCAAGUGGUGGAAUGUGGUGCCUUAAUCACCAUGGGCGGUCUUGGCAACCCCUUCCCUCAUUCCCUCCACCUUCCCCAUACCUCCUCCCAUAUUCCCAGGUCCAACACCUUCUUGGAAAUUGCUUUUUCUUCAUUGGGCUGGGUCCAUUAUGAUAUCUGCAUGGGGAUGGGGUGGGGUCUGGAAAAAAGCUAUGUGUGAUUUAUCUUAUCCCUCACCCCUAGGGUUCUAGAGUCCAUUUGAAUUCAAAUGCAACAGUCUUUAGGUUUCCCAAACCAUCUUCUCUCCUUGGUCAAAUAAAAAGGGGAGUGGUCAAUUCCUCUGUAGACAAGAGAAGGUCUGAUGGACACCAGACUCAAUUUGACUUUGACCCCCAAGCCCCAUUUAGGAUUCAUCUCUCAAGGGGACGACUGUGGAUGUCCUCAACCACUUCAUUCCUUAUCAGCCCUCCUCAUACUUUUAUUCCUGGUUUUCUCCUCAGAGGAUCCAGGCACAUCCCUUAAGAUCUAUCCAUUCUGUCCCACAUCCACAUGUCAACCACAGUGAGUCAGAUGUCCAGCCCCAGGCUAACUACAGGUCCAGGGGACUAACUUCAUGGAUGGUAGGGAGAGGUAGGAAAUAGACACAAGAUAUUCUGUGCCAUGCUUGGCAAUAUCAGCCCAAGAAUCCACACCGCCAUUUCUAAUCAAUCUGAUUGCCCUCCUCUGUGCCUUUUUUUUUCUGGAGUAAGGCCAAGGUUGGGACCAGCCGGUGGGAAAGAUCCUUCUCUAUCCUCAGAGGUUCCUUGGUUCCCACCAUGUUGGGUCCACCCCUAGAGAUGGGAUCAAACAGCCAGUUUAAUUUCCAAGUUCUGGUAAUAGCUUUCCAAGUCAAGAGGAUUAAAUGACCAAUAGCAUUUCUCCCCAGAGAAGAAAAGAUCCAGUGUUCCUUCACAUUAUAUUUCAGUAAUGAGAGCAUCACUCAGAGUCUGUGACUGGGGUUCCAGAAUCAGAGGACAUGAGCUGAAAUACUAUCUUAAUCUAUUUUUUGACACUUACCAGUUGGGUAACCUUGAGCAUAUCACUUAAUGAUCUCCCUGGAUGAGUGGGAUGGACUAGAUGGCCUCAGAAAGCUCUUCCAACUCAACAUCAUCCUAUGAUCUCCAAUCUUAUCUCUACUCUCCCCACUCACCCUUCUAUGAAGUUUAUGAAGAGAGAGAUCUCAAGUUGUAUCCCCAAGAAUCCAGAAGUAGUACUUAGGACAUUUUCUUAAAACAGUUCCUAAAAGAUUACUUUUAGAAAGAAAUCUAGAAGAAAGAAGAUCUUUCUUCAAGAGGUCUACCUGGGAUGGGAUUCCUGCCCCAUUUUCUUACAGAAACUGUUUUGCAGAAAUGCAUUGGUGUUCUGUGCUCUGCCCCACCCCAUCAAGAAAUAAAAGUAUUCCAUUAAGUGAGGCAUCCACAACUGCACAGUAUAGAUGUGACAAGUUUCUGUGCAUCCCAGGGCUUUCCCUUCCCUCUUCUCUCCCUCUUUUAUUUUCCAUUAGCUCCACCCAAUCAGUAUUUAUUAAAGAACUACUUUGUUCAAGGAACUAAAUAGCAUACAAAAUAUAAAAACUACUUUGUUCAAGGAACUAAAUAGCAUACAAAAUAUAAAAACAAACAAUUCUGAUUCCAGGGAGCUUUCAUUCUCUAGGCUGUAGUGUCCCUGAGGCCCUUUGGGGAUCAGAAACUAAGCAUGACUUCAUUUUGGUGAUCCAGACCAGAUACCCCAAUGACAUCUUGCCCUGCAGGGAGCUUAAGCAAUUCCCUGGAGAAAAAUUAAUUCCUGGGACUGAAGGAACGACCAUAGAAAAUGUGUUGAUUGUCCACUGACCCUGUGUGACUCCAUUUUGUAAAAAGUCGAACUGAUAAAAAAUGAUAUUGAUAUUUUGCUAAAUUGAAUUUCUCUGCCCUAAGUGUUUCUUGGGCACUGAUUGAAUAAGAUUUGGGAGAGUACUCAUUCAGAAAAGUCCUUUCUCCAUUUUAUUCUGUUUUCUCUUUUCCCUAAGAAUAAAUUUACAGCCUUUUUCCCAACAGAAGCAUAAAAUGCCCUGGUAAUCAGAGUUCUGUUUAAGGGCAGAAAAACUUAGAAGAAGCCACCAACUUUCCUGACUCCAUCUCUGCCCACUCCAUCUCCUUCUUGAUGGUCCUAUCCUGAAGUGGACUUCCUCUCUCAAGUAGCUUAGACACCUCUCAAUGGUCCAGACCCCAGCCCCCAGACCGUCUUCCCUCCCAACUUUUACCACUCCAAGUACAAAUCACAGCUGCUACUCUAGCCUUGGAACAAACUAAUCAACCCAGGCCUCUUUAUUAACCUGCAAAAGCCAGCCCCGGGCCAGCUCUGGGUACACAGCCAUAGUUCAUACACAGUGAUGGUUUGGAGUCAGAUCUCAAUUCCAUUUUUAAUAGUAUUUCUCUGAAUAGAGGUGCCUUGAGGGAUGAGUUGAUUUGCCAGAAGGAUGAAUACAUCACUGCUCCACAUUAGAGAUUUCAAAAACAACAGUUCAGGAAUGAUACACAUUUGAAUUUCAAGGAAGAGGGAUAUUUGGUUGGCUUGUGGCCCUUAUUCUCUGAUUCACUGCACGCAUUUCUGUUUCCCAAAGUGAUCGUUCUUCACUGAUAUCAUUGACGAUGUUAGCGGGCAACACUUUGGGACGCCCAGGUCCACUGUGAGUCAAUGUAUUCAGUGUCCUGGAGUAGGGGAAUCUCUUAUAAACCACCUUCCCUUGACAAUAAAAUGUAAUAGAAGAAAAAACUCAAAUCUGGAGCCCCAGGAGUCUGGGUUCCAAUCCCAGCACUGCUACUUGACUCUGUGACUCUGCACAAAUAUCAGCUUCCAGAGACAAUGUGAUGCAAAGGGAAUUAAAGGGCCUGGAUGUGAAUCCUACUUGCCCCUUGCUACCUGUGAGAUCUAAGUUGAGUCAGUUCCCUCUUCUCUAUAAAAUGAAGACGUUUGAUAGAUUGACUUCUAAUUUCCCAGCUUUACAUAUGUGAUUUUCCAAUUCCAUGACCUCCCUGGACUUCCUUAACUUCCAACCUCUUAAAAAUGAAGAACUUGAACUAGUUAAAGGGACUCUUAACUUUUUUGUGUGUGUCCUAGACCCUCUGUCAGUCAGUCUGGUGAAGUCUACGAACUCCUCCUCACAAGAAUAUUUUAAAUAUAUAACAUAAAAUACAGAGAAAUUACAAAGAAAACCAAUAAGAUUGAAAUAUAGUUAUCAAAAUAUUUUUAAGACAAGUUCACAGAUUCUAGCCGAAGAACCCCCAGACUGAGUGAUCUCUAAGAUUUCUCUCAUCUCCAGAAAUUAAUCCUGUGACAUUUUGUGAAGUUUUUUGCCCAAACAAAACCCUGAGAAGUGUCAGAAGUGAUCAUUGUUGCUAGAGGGGUGAUAGGUCUGAACCCCUUUGGGAUGCUGAGGUGUGAGCUCUCUCCCAUGAUGCUUCAUCUAUUUCUGUCCCUGCAUGCAAGUGCUUAUUAUAGAUUGUAUUUUUUUUUUGGGAGAGAGCUUCAGCAUACCACGCCAUGUGUGGGUGUGUAUUUUUGUUUUGUGUGUUUUUUGACUCCCAGCCUGAUGAGACAUUCACUCCUACGCAUGUGAUGGGUUUUUCUAAGGCUUUUUGCAACCUGUGAAACUCUAAGUCAGUUGCAUUGCUAAUCCAGCAGCAGGGGAAUCUCGCAUCCAUUUAUCAGAAGGCAGGGACUCCCAAUGGGCCACUGGGUAUAGACAACCUAGUAAGCCUUAGUAGCCCAGAGAAGAGGCUGAGCCGUUUCCAGAUUUAGGCCUACAAAAAUCAGUCGGUGGUGGGCAUUCAAAACACUUCCUGUUCCUGUGUUACUGGGGGAAGUUUUACAUUUCAUUAAAGUUGUGAGCAAAACAAAAAGCAAUUUCAGGAAGCCUCUGGAUAUUAAAAUAUUUGGGGGAAAAUCCUACUUCUUCUGACUAAAUAAAUAAAAUCAAAACAAUGCAACACAAGAAAA